CAGUAUCACCAUACCCUCACAUUUCUUAGCUUACACACAAUAUAGUGUGUUUGUGUGUGUGAAACUAUGGAGGUUUCAUGGGAAACAAGUGUGACAGAUUCAAUCAAUGCCAUCUACCUUCUCUUUUCAGCUUACUUGGUGUUUAUGAUGCAACUAGGCUUUGCAAUGUUAUGUGCGGGCUCGGUUCGGGCCAAGAACGCCAUGAACAUUAUGUUGACGAAUGUUGUGGACGCAGUCGUUGGCAGUCUCUCGUAUUUCCUGUUCGGGUUUGCAUUUGCAUUUGGUGGCGGGGCGGACUCGAACCCGUUCAUUGGUACUCAAUACUUUGCUUUAAAAGAUAUCCCCUCAAGUUCUUAUGACUAUAGUUUCUUUCUUUAUCAAUGGGCUUUUGCUAUAGCGGUUGCCGGGAUCACUAGCGGGUCGAUAGCCGAGAGAACCCAAUUCAGCGCGUAUCUUGUUUUUUCAUUUUUUCUUACCGGGUUCGUUUACCCGAUUGUGGCCCAUUGGGUUUGGUCUUCUAACGGUUGGCUCAACCCGGCAUCCACAAGCUUGUUGUUCGGGUCGGGUUCUAUCGACUUUGCGGGUAGUGGCGUGGUGCAUUUAGUUGGUGGAAUUGCUGGGCUAUGGGGUGCGUUAAUCGAAGGGCCGAGGGUGGGCCGGUUCGAUGCAUUUGGAAAGCCUGUUCAAAUGCGUGGCCACAAUAUGACUCUAGUCGUGCUUGGAACAUUCUUGUUGUGGUUCGGAUGGUUCGGGUUUAACCCGGGCUCAUUCAACAAAAUUCUCGUCUCGUAUCCCGAUAGUUUCGAUCAAGGAAACUGGACCGCAGUGGGCCGGACUGCGGUUACAACAACACUAUCCGGAUCAACCGCCGGCAUUGUAACCUUGUUCGGCCGACGCUUACUCGUGGGCCAUUGGGACGCUUUAGACGUUUGCAACGGUGUGCUAGGUGGGUUCGUGGCCAUCACAUCCGGUUGCUCGGUGGUGGAACCAUGGGCCGCGAUUGUGUGUGGUUUCUUCGCGGCCUGUGUUCUCAUUGGGCUCAAUAUCAUAGCCAUAAAGUUGCAAUACGACGACCCAUUAGAAGCGGCCCAAUUGCACGGCGGAUGUGGGGCUUGGGGGUUGAUUUUCACGGGCUUGUUCGCAAAAGAGGAGUUUGUUAUCCAAACAUACAACUCGGGUAACAUAGGGAUAACAAGGCCAUAUGGGCUUUUGUUGGGUGGGGGUUGGGGGUUGAUUGGGGCCCAAAUUGUUGAAGUUGUAACUAUCAUGGUUUGGGUUAGUGUGACAAUGGGCCCAUUGUUUUAUCUUUUACACAAGUUGAGGAUAUUAAGGAUAUCAAGUGAUGAGGAAAUUGCUGGGCUUGAUAUUUCAAGCCAUGGUGGUUAUGCCUAUAAUGCAUACUCAGAAGAAAGUGGGCCCCAGCGGUAUGGUGAUUAUCUAAGGCUUCAAGAUCAAUCUUAAUCACAUAUCAACCGGUCUUUGUGAUUUGUAUAUAUUGUAUAUGAUGAUGAUGAUGUUUCCUAUUUAUGAUGUUUGUUGUUAAUGAUUUAUGGUAUUCUUUUGUAAAUUUGGGGUACUUGUUCUUUUGAAAAAAAAAAUAUUAUGUAUAUUGAAAUGAGAUAU